UUAGGGCUUUUUUCACUCUCAUGGCAUCGUCACUUAGCGCAUUGCGUCACUGGCGCGCGUUUGCUUCUCCCAGCUCCCGGAUCUUCGAUCGCCAAGGAUCAUCAGUAGCUGCGAGUAAUCUGUGGAGGCGCGGCUUUGCCACGGCGGGGACGAUCCCAGAGUGCUCGGAUCCGGCCAUAAAAAAGGCAUUGAAGCAGCUCUACGCGAUCAACUGGUACGAUAUCGAUGAGAAGACGGCCAACAUUGUCGAGGAGACUUUGAGCACCGGCGAGGGUACCGCCGAUCACACCAUUCUCAAAGAUACGUGGUCGUCCGCCCGUGCGGUGGAGACGUUUUAUGGCACUCUGGACGCGCUGAGGAAGUCCAUCGACGAUUUAAUGGGAUUGUCUGGAGAGAACACUGGACCUCUUCCUGACCAACACCAGCGUGCUUUGGAAGCGGUACACUCCAAGUACGUGAAGUACCUGUCGUCCUUUGGAGAACACGAGCAUUCCUUGAAGAAGAAAGUGGAGCUGGAGCUGGGAAGUACGCUCGUCCUCCUCAAACAAAGAGUCUCCGGGCUUCCACCGAAGUGGGGAGAUGUUGGCUUGCUUGGUACUUCAGGACUUAGUGGCUCGUAUAUCGAACAGAGGGAAUGACUUCUUCCGGUUAACAAGCAAUAAAAAAGUCCGAGUGAGCGUAUUCUCUUUC